AUGUUGACAAGGCCUUUUUGCAUUCUGCUCGCCGUGCUUUAUUGCGCCGGUGCAGCUUCCGCCGGCUUGCUGGCUUGCCUCCGCGACCAAUGCUCCCGCUCGGUCGCCGGCGUAAUCCAACUUCUUGAACUUUCAGAACACAGAAAUGACUGCCGCAGUUUCCUCGCCGUCACAGUCACGCCAGCGGUCUCCACUGUCACUGUGACGAGCCAGCAGACGGUUGAAGCGACUGUGACGACAACGCUAGUUGACACAACAGUGACCGAGUAUGAUACUGUCACUACUCUAGUGGAGACCUCAACGACUUCAACGGUUACCGUUACAGACUUCGUUGCGCGGCGAGAUCAAGAUCGAGGUGUUCGCCAUUAUGCAGUCACUUGUCGACCUACCCACAUACCCCACUACGCAGCCUCUUGCUCCAAACCAGAGCAAUUCAGCAGUGCCUGCUCUUGUCUAGGUAUCCACGGGACCACUAUCACAGCGCCGACCCCAGUAACGACCGUUACGGUGUCCCCGACCUUAACCCAAACGUCGACGGCUACAGUGGACACUACCGACUACACCACAAUCGACGUCACGGCCACCUCGACUUUAGACGUUGCAGCCACAUCUACCGUCAGUGUGACUUGUGCCUCGCCGUCUUCCUUAUGCGGUACUUCUUGUGUGGAUAUCAGCACCGAUGUCAACAACUGCGGGGCUUGUGGCAAUGCUCGCCAGUGGGCCAACCUACUGCGUCAAUCUCAUUACCCAGGGUUCGGCCCAAUCGUGCACGACAGACGCCGAAUGCCCGAUGUCCCAGAUCUGUGCAACCGACACCUGCUUCGGAUCCGUCUGCUUACCAGCGGACGGUUGUACGAACCCGACUUCACCAUCACGGUUGUUUAG